UUUGAAAGAGCCGUUUGGAGUCUGUUGAUAUGGAGCAAAUCAAACAAAAGUGCUUCGCGUUGUCCGCGUAAAGCACUUUAAUAACUUGGAUGUUAUUGUGUUAUCUGGUCAAAUUCAGCUGGGCGUAGCUCAUUAUUCUCUAGAGUAUCAGUCAGUUAAAUGGAUGUGUUAUGAAGUAUGGCGCUGUUUGCUGUGAUAUUUUCCCUGAACACACAGCGUGUUUGAUCUGAGGAGUUUCGAGCUGAACUGCACAAACAUGAAUAAAGUGAGUCGACUGAAGCUCAGUCCGAAUGAAGAGACGCAGCUGCUGAGAGAAGAGCUGGACAGGAGGAGGAAACUCCGAUUACAGCAGGUGCGUGAGCAGGAGCGGUAUAUCGCGCAGCAGGUGCGCAGGGAGGUGCAGGAGAGGAGAAUGAGAGAGCUGCAGAUGCUCGCUGACGUGCUACAGCAGGAGUGGCAGACGCAGCAGAUGGAGAAACUCCAGACGCUGGAGAAACAUUAUGAGAACAGCCUGAGAUCUGUCGGCCACGCACACCGCAGCGCUCAAGAGAAUGAGCCUGAUUUAGAGGCUGUGGCUCAGAAGAAUGUGGAACAGCAGGAGCGUGCAGCAGAGAGACAUCGAGAGGCACUCAAAGAGCUCACGGCACGCAGACAUGAGCAAGAGCAGCAGCGUUGUCGGCACAUUGAAGCUCGGAGGAAAGCUCUUGUGCAGGAGAAGAAGAGAGCUGCAAAAGUGGCCAGUCUGCCGCCGCCGCCUCCAAACCCCGUGGAGAGCAUUGUGAAGAAGACCCCUCAUCCACUGAAGACGGCAGCGGCAGAACGCUUCUCUGUCACACGCUAUCACAUGACAGAAAUAGCAGUGGACACAGAGACCGACACUGAACAGCAUGUGGAUGCACAUCAAGCAGCGGAGGUGGAGGGGCAGCGUUUGGAAGAGCUGCGGCGAGAAGAAGCUCGAGAUCGGCAAGAGAAACUGGAGAAAGCACGACUGAGAGGAAACCACGCGCUCAGGAAAGAACAGAACACGCAGGAUCGUGCGCGGCUGCUGUGUGAAUUGGAGCGUCUGCAGCAGGCUGAUUUACUACGGCGCAGGCAGGCGGUGAACAGCAUCCCAGCGCAGAUCUACCAGCCUCUCUUCAGACAGCAGGAGCUCAGAGACGAGCAGCAGCGAGAUUUAGAGAUCGCCUUCCAGGACAUGUACACUGAAGAGAGGAAGGUCAAAGGUGACUUGGUUCUUCAGCUGGUACCAGAGCCUCUUCCCUCUGCUGCUAGUUGUGAUGCGGACCUGGAUGUGACCCUUGACCCUGAAUGUACACCUGCAGCUGAGACAGGGGACACUCCUGAUACCCCAGAGACUGAAACACCAGAAUCUUCUGUAGGAGAUCCAGGUAGACAUGCUCUGAGAAGACUGCUUGACCGCAUCAGGAGCCAAAGAGAUGCUGCCAGUCAGCGGCAGAGAACUGCUACAACAACGACAUCUGAAGAAGACGCUGUCCCAGAUGUUUUGAGUAUUGAAACAGGAUCUUUAAGCAGCCAGGAACACGAGCGAGCAGGUGAAGUAGACGAGCGGACGCCCAGCGUAACGCACGCUGACAAAGGUCCUGAGGUUAGCGAUGAACCCAUAGUGGCAGGAACGGUGCUGCUGCCAGUGGAACAAGCUCAUGUAAAGCCCACAUCUUCUGAGACCAAGACAGACAUGAGCCAACAAACACAUGAGGUGUCGCUCUUAAGACAGCAGCAGGAGCAGCUCGCUCUACUGGAGGAGCUGGAGGAGAAACGGCGUGAUCUGGAGCUGCGCUUGAGAGACACUCAACUGCAGAGACAAACGCUGGAGGAAGCCGCACAGAGACAUUCUGGGCUUCAAGAGGUUGGAGCUCUUCCUGAGCCCACUCCAGAGGUUACGCCCGAUGACCUGCGCACCCAGAGACUCCAUCAGUACCAGCAGCGGCUCUUGGAGCAGAACAGGCGUCAUAAGAAGUGUGUUGAGGAUGCUCGUCGGCGACUGGAGGAAUAUCAACAUACUCUGAAAUUACGAUAUGCCAUAAGAAGCGCAACAGUUCCACAAAUACUACAACCCUCAUCUGUUGCCUUAGAGACUGUUUGCCCUUUACACCUUGCUAAAGACACAACACCACCUGAUCACCGGUCAGGCCUCGCUCCCACAAGAGACACUAGCUCAACUCCUCCUGUAACUCAGUCACAGCUGCCUUUUGUUAGCCUACCAGAACCCAAUGGAUCUGAUUUGACUCGCCCCUCAGUCUUGUCUGAUGGCUCACCGUGUGAUACUCGUGUGUUCAGUGCUUCUGAGCCGGGUCAGAUUCCUCUGCCUUCCCCUGCUGUGGUUCUGGAACUUCUGCGCAGCCGGCAGCAUCAGGCGCCACGUGUAGUCGUGCAGUCUGCUGACACCAGCAGGUCCAUGUCGGUGCCAUCCUCUGAUCCGACUGGCUCAGUCCUGGCGGUGACCGAAAGAGAACAAAUGUCCAGGCAGGCAGACAGACAAGAGCUGGUGAGACAGCACAUGAGGAGACAGAGAGACACCCUACAGGCACUGCUCAGAACAGGACAUGUCCAGGAUCCAGUGUCGAGCACUAGUGGUGUUCAGUCAGAUCAGUUGACUCUGAACACUUUGCUGAAAGCCAUUGAGGAGUCUGACGGUCACACCAAACCCCCCAUCACACCCCACCAGAGCAAUGAUACCACGACCACCUCUCUGCCUAACACAAAUGGCAGUGUAUAUGACCAGGCCCUAGUGCAUCGUGGGAGAGUGAAGCCGCCAGUGUCUCGUCCACCCACUCGUCUGGCGUUUCUACGGCAGAUGGAACAGCAUGAACUCAGUGCUAUACAGGAAGUGGACACUCCUAUCAACAUCAGCCUGGAUGCAGAUGUGAGUGACUCCAGCAGUGUGUCACUGCCUGCUGUCAGCUCUGAAGCCAGUCACAGUGUGAGUGAAAGGUCAGAGGUCAUGGGCAGGGUCAGCAGAAUGUCCUGGAGAGAAGCACUGCUGCUCCAUUCUGCAGACACACAAAGUCUUUCCAGCAUAAACCACCAGCAAGAGCGGUUUGGCAUGGGUUUGCCGUCUGACCCAUCAGUUGAUCCAGACUAUUUGUCCUCUACAACCAUCUCAACAGGAAGCUACUCAACAAGUGAACACGAGCCCAAUCACACUGUUACAGAUGUCUCUCUGAUCUGUAUGGAGCCUGUUAGUGGAAUAGAGAGCUCUGUGUGCAGCCCAUCACCCAAAUCCACUUCCUGUCAUGUGACUGGUAACACGUCACAGGAAAUGAGGGAUUCGGUCCAGCAGAUCAUUGAUAAAUACACUAGAGAUCUGGAUGUUUCUCUCAGAACUGUAGGAAGGCACUCAGGUGCGGCGGGCAGCACGAGUUCUGGGUCUCCAUCCUGGUCCAGUGUCCUUCAACAGGGUGUAGAAGUAAAUCAGUCUUCACUGCAUCAUGGAGACGCAGCUGAGCACAGAAGCUCACUGAACUCUGCUGUAGAUGUGUCCAGCACAGAGCACUCAGGUGACUUCCUGCCUUUACAGCCCCUUCCAGACAUUGACUCAUCCUCCUCUUCUUCCUCUAGAAAUUUAGUGAGAAAUGAUCCAAGUAGCAGAACACAGGGGUGGAAUGAGGCAGUAAACCGGAUUAUGGAGCGCCUCUCAGAUCAGUUAUCCAUCAGACGGUCCUAUCAAGUCCAAGUGUCCACACGGAACCAGCUGACUGUGGAACCAUCUAGUGCAUCGUCCUCAAUGUGUAGCAACCAGGAGCAAGCCUCCAAUUUUAGCCACCUGAUUGGUUGCCUCACAAACGAAUCAUCACAGUCCUCUUCGAUUUUGAGUGUGAGGCAGAAUUCGAUUGGCCCUCAGAGCAGUGUCAGUCAAAUCUCAAAUAAUUCAGCCUCCCCACAUCCCAAUAACAGCAACGAAUCAAAUUCAAGUGUCGCAGUCCACGUUUUGAGCCAGUUGAUUGGCAUAGCUUCAAAUAUUGAUUCAUCUCAGGUACUUGAUGAAAGUAGCGCACUCGCUGAUGAACUGGAGGAAACUACUCUGCAGAUUCAUAACACGGAAGUUAGCACCAUCUCUAGUGUAGGUGGUGGAGGCCCAAAUCUGAACUUAAGUCCAGAGGGGGCUUAUGAGAUGGUGCCAUCAGAAACGAUAUCACCUGCCCUACAGCACCCAGAAGGGGACAGGAAUGCUUUUAGUGAGGCCCCACAUGGUGAUGCCUCAGAUUUGUUUCUUCCUCUGCCCACUGAGGUCACUCAUAAUGAAACUAUGGAGUGUUCAGUGGGUGUUCACAUGCCUCUACAAGCAGAAAUGUGUGGCACAAAUAUGAGUGUCUGUGCCCCUGAUGCCUUUGCUUCUGAUUGGCUGGAACCCUCAGACCCUUCUUUGACAUCAUUCGGUCUAGACGCAUCUUUCCAGCAUCUCCGAGCGGAAACACUGAUGGAGUCUCAACCAGACCUGCACAUAUCAAUGGAGCAGCUCUCUCUGACCCAUGAGUCCCUCUGUCAGUCAGACAUUGUGGCUCCUCCCACUGCUAUGGACUUCAGCUGCAUGCCACAGGAAGAAAGCCCUACACUCAAACCCCAGUCACCCUCAAAGGAAGUGAGCUCAGAACCAGACUCGGUCAGCACUGAGACACCAGUGCACCAGUCAGCUGUUGAAGAAAACACACUGGCCAGGCUUUGGGAAAGAGUGCAGCAGGAUGGUGAUGUAAAGGGCAUUCUAGAGGAGUCUACAAUCUCAUUUAUCAGUUUACCAGAGUCAACACUACAAGAUCCUGACAUCACUAUCACAGAGGAGUGUGCAGACAGACAGACUGAAGAAAAUAGGCCAAUAAAAGAACUGGAAGGAGAAUCUGAUUACAGUGUGGGCAAAGUGUCGACCGCUACAGUGGAGGGCAACAAUCAGUCAAAGGACCCAGAACUGCCAUGUCCUCAUGCAGUGAUGCAGCUGGAGUUUCAGUCUCCAACCGCUCAACUGCAGGAGGCGUUACUGCGGCGACAACAUCAUCUUGCUCAGAGGUCAGCGCGCAGGGCUGCAGAGGUCAAAGCUAAAAGAGCAGAGUCCGGAAAAAUCACAAGGGUCGUGCAGAAUGUGUCCAAACCCACUUUGACAGGAUGUGCCGUCCAGAAAUCAGAAACGGUUUGUAGAUUGAAGAGUGUUGUUGAGGUCAAGAUUUGCACACCUGAGCAGAGACGAUUGGAUGAGACAGAGAUGUACCAGCGCACAGAGAGGUUGUACAAUCAGUUAGAGGAAGUCAAACAGCGGAAGGAGUUUUACGGUCGUCAGGAGGCGUACGCAAAAAACCGAGAGAAAGCCAAAGACUUCCAGAGGAAAACACUGGAAAAACUGAGGGCCAAGCAAAAAAGAUGAUGUUCUUUCACUCAUAAUUUAAAGUUUUUAAACUGUUUUUAGGAUCAAAUUUAAUUUUACAUUGUCAAGCACUUUUAUUUGUAUUUUUGUGUAUUAUUUUAAGUAAAGUUUUAUUUUCAUGAAUAGUGUCUGUGUCAGAAAUUGUAUUGUAGAGCUUAAUAAUGUAUGAACUAAACUUUUCUUUAAAACAAUAACCAGUAGAUAGUUAUUUGGUUAUGGCAGUACAGCUAUUGUCACAAUGUAAAAAACUGCAAAUAUUCUUGGAGUUUACCUGUAGUAGAGCAACACAGCAUUACAUUUCACCUGUAGCAGGUUAUGUUCACACACAUGGUAAUACCCAUAAAGUAGGCCACUUUUUCAAACACAGUUAAGGUUUACAGCUGCCAGAGUUUAUUUGCCCAGUAACUGGUCCUACACAUAAUAAGAUUUCUAAACAAACCAAAACAAAUGUAACACAUUUCAUUUUUGUAACCAUUCCACUGAUUACAGCGAAACUCGUAAAGUGCAGGCCUAUCUUUAACAACACUGUGUCAUCAUAAACUCAGUAAAAAAAGAAAUGUCUCUUUUUCAGGACACUGUAUUUUAAAGAUAAUUUUGUAAAAAUCCAAAUAACUUUACAGAUCUUUAUUGUAAAGGGUUUAAAAUGUUUUCCAUGCUUAUUCAAUGAACCAUAAACAAUUAAUUCACAUGCACCUGUGGAACGGUCGUUAAGACACCAACAACUUACAGAUGGUAGGUAAUUAAGGUCACAGUUAUAAAAACUUAGGACACUAAAGAGACCUUUCUACUGACACUAAAAAACAUUAUACAUUGUGGAUGUUUUAUAGUCUCACUGCUUCAUUUAUGUGUGGUUGUGUUCUGCAUUAUGCCUGAUUUAUUGAUUUUUAUUU